AUGGCCGUUGUGGGUGAGGAUCUUCUCGAUGGCUUUGGCGGUCUUGACGGUGACGGGCACGGUGAACUUCUCGACCAUGAUCUUGUUGGAGUGGGAUAUGUCGACGAUCAUGCAUGCGCUCACCUAGUAGGUCAGGAUCGGCCCGCGGCCUUGCCGGUGCCGAGGCCGCGGCUCUUGGUGGGGGGUGUUGACGGAGACGGAGACGAAGUCCGCCUCGCCGACGUCGGUGCUGAAGAAGAGGUUGCGGCCGCGGCCGCGGCACUGCUUGGCGACGUCGUCAAGGCCGGUCUCGUAGAUGGGGAGCCGGUCGCUAUUGCAGCCGCUCUCGCCCCCAUCUUCCUCGGAGAACCUUCUCCCUCCACAUGGCUGGAUGCGAGCGGCUGCUCCGAUCAACAUCGCGACGGUUUCGGCGAGUUGAUUCGGCUGCGGGAGGAUUCGCGGCGUGGUGGGUGGCCUUGGCGGCGUGCAAUACUUGGUGGCCUGGUCAACGGUAGGCUACACGGCGGGCGGAGGGAGAGGAACGGCUCGCCCACCUGCAACCUCGUCUCCAGCAGGAAUCGAGUAUCACCACGAGAAGGAGAAGCAAGGGGAAGCUACAUUUCCAAGCAGAUGCCAACUGUUGCAAUUGGAGUCUAUAACUUGUUCUCAUGGAAUUGGUGGUGGCAGUCGUCUCAAAAAGACAGUGAGUGCAAGGCGCUGGUUUCCUAUGAUGUUCUGUUAUGCAACACCGUUUUGCUUUUCAUUCGUCGUCCAACAGAUCAAAAGUAGUCUCAGAAGUAAUGAAGGCUGUGCUUGACGCCUGUAAAUUAUCUGAUUGACGAAUUCUGAAUCAUGUGGUCCUGUGGAGACAUUUUUCCAAGUUCCCUUGAUAUACUAUUAAACCU